AUGCGUCUUCAACUUUUGUCCUUCCUAGGUAUAGCCAUUUUUACUUCGCUUGUCGAUGCAACUGGUUGCAGCAAGUGCUUGAAUCAGAACGAGGACAAGAUCCGUCUGGGCUGCUUCAACAAAUGCAAAGAUGCCUUCAAUCCUAGCAGCACUGAAUACCAAGUAUGCCGUGACCAGUGCACCGAGUUUGUCUUUCAGGAUCAUUGCUGCACCUCAUCAUGCAGCGGCAAUGCUGAUGUGUGUCUCAAUGACUACUUCCAUCGCGUCGGCCUCACCAAGCGGGAGUCCUCCAAUGAAGAAUCCUUUUAUCGAUCACAACUCGACGCGAUUCGAGAGAAUCCUGAUCUCCUCGACAAACGAGCCUUGUUGGCAGGUGACGCUCCAUACCAUCUUGUCCGGAGCACUGAAGACCUGCGCUCUCUGAACCAUCCCGAUUUCAAGGAGACCAUUGUCUACGAUGUGAGCGAGGCAGGUAGCUCAGGCACUCUCGAUCGUCGGGUUGACCAUGGUAAGGUAUGCUGCCUGGCUGCCAAAUCAGUCCUGAACGUGGGGGCUCUCGCAGUUGGGCCUGCACUGCAAAAAGACGAGUGGAGCGAGGAGGAGUACGCUGGACUGGUGCUAGUGGGCUUUGGCGUUGCGGGUGCGUAUACUUGCAAUCUUGUGUACAAUGUGCAAUGUGUCUUUUUCAAUGCCAGGCCUGCUCCGGGCCAGUGA